UUUUUUUUCAAGAGAGGGGAUGCGUUUGUCAAUAUACAAUAAUACAGGGGUUUAAGAUGGAAAUAAUAUGUAAAUCUUUGCGAGAAUAACUGCCAAUUUCAACACACAACCAAGUGCGAAUGUGAGGCUGUGAGUGUGAGGUUGCAUUCCCCCCUUUGAAGCAGAUGGCGGGAACACUUGAAACCCUAACGAAUCUCAUUUCUCCAGUAACCGUAACAGCUCAUCUCCGAUCGCUGAACUCACAGUCCAGUAAUCGGUCGUUCGAUGCUAUUAAUAACUCGUUGAUAUCUCGAAAGGUCCGUUCACUUAGAAGAACACUCAUCAUCAGAAACCACACAAAUUCCGAUCAGGUUCAGGGUAAUGGAGGUCCAAAUCCAAAUGAAUCUCCUCGAAAGUCUGGUUUCUUGAGCUUUUCGGUCCUAGCAGAACCUUUACUGAGUUUUGCUUCUAGCAAUUUUCUUCCAUUGGCUCUUAUUGGAGGAGUAGCAUUGGGCCUUGCAAAUCCUGGUCCUGGUUGUCUUGCCCAUAGAUAUCAAUUAUCUAUAGUUAGCACUUUUGGGAUAUUUAUCAUAUCAGGAUUAAGAUUGCGUAGUGAAGAUAUUGGUGCAGCUGCUGAAGCAUGGCCAGUUGGACUCUUUGGGCUAGCUUCAAUUUUGUUGUUUACUCCCCUCCUUUCCAAAAUAAUCCUGCAACUUCACUUCCAACCUCAAGAAUUUGUUACAGGACUAGCUCUUUUUAGCUGUAUGCCUACAACAUUAUCAAGUGGAGUUGCUCUAACCCGGCUUGCUGGAGGAAAUUGUGCUUUGGCUCUUGCUAUGACUGUAACAUCUAGUUUGUUGGCAAUUAUGAUGGUGCCUUUUUCUAUAUCAAAACUAAUAGCUUCUGGACUUGGGGCAUCUGUUCCAACUGAGCAAUUGUUCAGAAGACUUAUAAUCACACUUUUGAUACCCUUGAUUUUGGGGAAGGCUUUUUGGGAAUCCUUUAAAGGCUUGGCAGAUUUUGUUGAUAAUAACAAUCAGCUCUUAUCGGUACUGAGUGUGAUAUUACUUAGUUUGGUCCCGUGGAUACAAGUAAGCAGAUCAAGGCCUCUACUUGUGAUGGUUAAGCCUGAAGCUUUUCUUGUAGCUGUGAUGAUGGGAGCGCUGCUUCACCUGAUACUAUUAGGUUUCAAUGCCACAUCAAUUCGUUGCCUAUGUGCUGUAUCUGGUGGUAGCAAAUCAAUCUUUGCAAAAAAGAAAAAUUCUACUGCCCUCUUACUUAUUGCAAGUCAGAAAGCUUUGCCAGUGCUGGUUGCGGUGGUGGAUCAACUUGGUGGUACAUUUGGUGAACCAGGAUUACUAAUUAUCCCCUGUGUCGCAGCACAUUUAAACCAGAUCAUCAUGGACUCUUUUCUCAUUACCUUUUGGAACAAAAAAGAUCAGUCGCUUGCCAAUACCUAGCUGUUACACGACCAAUCACCAAGAUGGAUCAUUUUCAGUGGGUCAAUAAAGCUGGAAGGAAACACAUGAAAUACUCGUGCAUAUUAUUAUUAUUAUUAUUAAAUUCCUUAAACAAUUUCAAUGCAAAUAUAUCGUACAGUAAUUAUCUUUGAUUUACUGAAAAAAAGAUUCAAUUUAUUGAGCAUAUCGUGGGUACAUAAUCCUAAAUUCUUUUUAGGUAUUUCUCAUUCUAACAUGCUCCAACUCCAGGAAAAAAAAAACAAAAAACAUAAAGAAAAUGGAGAAAAUACAUGGGAAAUAAACAGGUCAACAAUGAAUGCGCUUGUUUGUUUACUUAGGCAAGCCAGUGAGUGGGUUAAGAAGAGCAUGGGUUUCAUCCGACAGCACAACCGGACCACCACCAGGUCUUGUGCAGAUGAAGUAACUAACAUCUCCCUUGGAUUUCUCGGUCGGAAUUUUGUCUUUGACUUCUGGGGGAGCGGUCAAAGCUUCAACAUCCUUCAUAUCCUUAAUCCCAGCAUCUUGUAGAAUCGACUUGUCCCCAAUUAUGUAGCUAGUAUCAAGUCAAAACAAAUAAAAAUCAGACUUACAAUUAUUGCAUAUAUGAUAUAUACCAACAGUCAAAAACAUUUUCCAUUU